UAACGACGACGGCGGUAGAAUGUUCCAUUUGGUGGCAGUGCCGUAUCCAGGAAGAGGCCACAUUAAUCCCAUGAUGAAUCUCUGUAAGUUAAUCUUAGCAUCUCCGAUGAUCACCGCCGCCAACCGCUCCAUAUCCAUCACUUUUGUCGUGACCGAGGAGUGGCGUGACCUAAUGGGCUCCGACGAGAUCUGCCCGGAAUCCAUUCGACUGGAGACCAUCCCCAACGUUUUACCAUCUGAGAAGGUACGAACAGACGACAUACCCGGCUUCAUCGAUGCUGCUAUGAAUAAGAUGGGGGAACCGGUCGACAGGCUCUUGGACCGGCUGGAUCUGCCGGCGACGGCGAUUAUAGCCGAUACUUUUUUGCACUGGGCGGUGGAUAUAGGAAAUCGGAGGAAUAUUCCGGUGGCGUCGCUGUGGACGAUGUCGGCUUCCGUCUUUGCCAUAUUACAUCAUUUUGAUCUUUUUGUCCAAAACGGUCAUUAUCCGAUGGAUUCAUCAGAGACGACCGGAGACGAACAACUGGCGACUUACAUUCCCGGCCUAGCUCCGAUCCGACUAGCCGAUCUGCCGACCAUCUUCCACCUCAAAGGCAGAAAUCUUCUAGACAAAGCCAUUAUAGGAUUCUCCAAAGUACACAGAGUGCAAUUCCUCGUAUUCACCUCUUUCUUCGACUUAGAACCCGAUGUCCGGUCCUCCCUCAAAUCCCAAUUCCCAUUUCCAGUCCUCUCCGUCGGCCCCCUCAUACCCUACCGCGAUCUCCAUCACAACAACAACAACCAGAUCAUCUCUCCCAGUCCAGAGCUCCAAUGGCUCGACUCCCAGCCCCACUCCUCCGUCCUCUACAUCUCUCUCGGGAGCUUCCUCUCUGUAUCCCCUGAGCAGAUGGACGAUAUCGCCGCCGGAAUAAAGGAAUCCGGCGUCAGUUUCAUCUGGGUGGCACGCGGGGAGUCAUCCCGGAUAAGGUCGUACUUGGGUGAAGAUUACAGAGGAGGGUUAGUAGUGGAAUGGUGCGAGCAGUUGAGGGUUCUGUGUCACAGUUCGAUCGGAGGGUUUUGGAGCCAUUGCGGGUGGAAUUCAACAAUGGAGAGUAUUUUCGCGGGGGUGCCGAUGAUUACAUUUCCUUUACAUAUGGAUCAGGUGCCGAACAGUAAGUUGAUUGUAGAUGAUUUGAAGAUUGGGGUGAGGAUGAAUAAUAAUAAUAAGAAGAAGAAGAAGAAGAAUGGUUACAAAGAAGAAGAGAUGGUGAAGAGUUUGAUGGAUGAAAAUAGUGGAGUGAGGAAUAAGAUGGUCAAGAGAGAGAUGAUAACGGAGAUAGUGAAGAAUUUCAUGGAUGAAAACAAUGGAGAGAGGAGAGAGAUGGUGAUUAGGGCUAAUGAGUUGAAGGAGAUGAAUCGCAGAGCAAUUGGUGAAGGAGGAUCUUCUCAAUUGGACCUUGAAUUUUUUAUCAAUGCCAUUUCUAUUUAGUUUUCUUUAAAAUUAAUAAUGGAACUUGCACUAAUAUUAUUAAUAAUCUCAUAUUAAUAAGUUUUUUAGGAACAAACCAAGUAAGUUUAGUUGAAAUUUUAUCCACUGUUUCCCUAUUUUCAUUG